AUGAGGCUGCCCCUGCUGCUGAGCCCGCUCGCCCUGCUGUGCUGCACGCGCGGCGGGGGGGCGCUGGAGCUGAGCCACAGCUUGUCCGUGAAGAACGCGCCGGACGCGAGCGCGCUGAACAUCGAGGUGGAGAAGGACAAAAAGAAGAUCUGCAAAAACGCAUUCCAAUACAUAAACGUAGCUGAGCUGUUGUCCCCAAGGGAGGAAGAAACCUACGUGCAGAAAUGUGAAGAGGUCCUAGACACAAUAAAGAAUGACAGUCCAGAUGAAUCGGCAGAAGCAGAGAUAAACGAAUUUAUACUGAGCUUACUGCACGCUCGUUCUAAGUAUACCAUAAUAAAUGACUCAGAUGAGGAGGUACUGAGCAAGCUCCUGAGGAGUAUCAACGGAUCGAUAAGUGAAGAGGCAGCGUUGAAGAGAGCCAAACAGCUAAUCACAUUCAAUCGGUUUAUAAAAGACAAAGCGAAGGUAAAAAAUGUGCAAGAGAUGCUAGUAAUAAGUAGCAAAGCAGAUGACUUCAUGAAUGAGCCGAAGCAAAAAAUGCUCCAAAAAAUUAUAGAUUCGUUUGAACUGUAUAAUGAUUACCUAGUCAUUUUAGGGUCAAAUAUUAACAUCGCCAAGAGGUACUCCUCAGAAACGUUUCUUUCUAUUAAAAAUGAAAAGUUCUGCUCAGACCACAUCCACUUAUGCCAGAAGUUCUACGAGCAGUCUAUCAUUUACUACAGAUUGAAGGUUAUUUUUGAUAACCUGGUGACUUAUGUAGAUCAAAAUUCCAAGCAUUUUAAAAAGGAAAAGUUGCUGGAGCUUCUAAAUAUGGAUUAUAGGGUCAAUCGAGAGUCGAAGGUGCAUGAAAAUUACGUGCUGGAGGAUGAGACGGUCAUCCCCACGAUGCGCAUUACAGACAUUUACGAUCAAGAUAGGCUAAUUGUUGAGGUCGUUCAGGAUGGAAAUAGCAAGCUGAUGCACGGCAGGGAUAUUGAGAAGAGGGAAAUCAGCGAGAGGUACAUCGUCACCGUGAAGAACCUGCGCAAGGACCUCAACGACGAGGGGCUCUACGCCGACUUGAUGAAGACCGUCAAGAACUACGUGCUCUCCAUCACGCAGAUCGACAACGACAUUUCCAACCUCGUGCGCGAGCUCGACCACGAGGAUGUGGAGAAGUUCCUCAUCGACCUGAACUUCUUCCUCUACUACGGCUUCCUCAAAAUCGAAGAGGACAAGAACAUGAUCACCUUCAACGACGUGGCCCCCACCUUCACCAACCUGUACCGAGCCAACCACAUCCUCUUCCUCUACCUGCUCAAGACCAGCUUCGAGGAAAACAAAAACUCCGAGUACCUCGCCUUCAAAUUUUACAAAAACAUGGGGUAUAAGAAGAUCCCCAACGACAAGGCCUACAGCUUCUUCAGUGGAACGGGGGCCCUCACCAACCUGCCCAAGGUGUCCCCCGACGUCAUGAACGAGCACUUCCUGAGCAUCUUCCCCAGCAUUCCAGACAGUUAUGAAGUGCACUACUCGGAGAGGCCCAAGUUCCAGUUCUUCUUCACCAUGGCGUUUAAGGACUGCAACAUUAACCAGGGCUAUUCGGCCCUUUCGAAGGAACUCUGGAGUGAGCUGCUCUACGCCUUUGACCACUUCGGAUGGUUCUACGUCCACCCGCAGAACAUCAUCUCGAGUCUUUCCAAGACGAGCUUCGUCAGGCAGAUGCUGAUAAGCAGAAACUUCAUCCUGAGGAACACCGAAGCGCUGACCCUGCUGGACACCCAAGUGGCCAAGCUCAUGGACGUAAUACACCUCUCCAUGGAGAUAGACAAAUCCAAGUACUCCCUAGGCUUCACCAUCCCCAGCAAGUUCUUUCACUACGAAAAUGAUUAUAACGAUUUGAAGGAAGAUGAAAACAAGAGGGUUAUGUUUACCUACGACUACAUAGAUUCCAUUGCAAAUAAUUACUACUUCUUCACUGAGGUUAAAUACCAGGUCUUUAAGAAUGAAUAUGAAAAUCGAUUCUACACGACGUUCCCUAAUGUGUAUAGUCUUGCGUAUCAGCUGUUCAACGAGCUAGCCAUCAACAUGAAUGUGGUUACCAAUGCACCUCUAAAGAAAAAGCUCAAGGACAAGUCCAAGUACGCCUGGUUUACUUUGCUUAACAUCAUUGGCAAGAACCACGACGUUUACUCUAAGGGCCCCCGACUGGUUUUCGCGGCGUACAUGCUGGCGUUAGUGUACUUCAUCGAGUCGCACAUCGACAUUUCGCGAUACCAGCCGAAGGAGUACUUCUUCAUGAAGCAGUCGCUGCCCCUGAUCGACAACGUGCACAAGGACGGCUUCACGAUGCUGAAGAAGAGGUGCGACCUGCUCAUCAACUUCAUGAAGAUAAACAAGACGCCCCUCAAGUACCAGCAGACGGACAUGGAGGAGUACAUCAAGCUGAUGAAUUUGACCGCGAUCGUUUUAUGGGGCAAGGAGAGCAAGAAAUCCGUCUUCUACGACGACGACGUUAGUUUGUAUAAGAAGCUGAUGAUUGCCUGUGUGUUCAACGGGGGCAAAACCGUGCAAGAGAAAGCCAUCGAAAGCAUCAACAAAUCGUGCGACGUGAAGUUCUACGGACUGAACCCGAACAAGCUGGACGAAUUCAUAGACAUCAACAUGAGCAUUAACAAGUGGAACCCCAUGAUCCUGGAGAAGCAGGCGCAGUCCUUUGUCCUCAGCUGCAAAACGCAAAAGCUUAUGUACGACAAUAUCAACGUGGAAAAAAUUAAACUGGAGACUUUCUACAAGUUGGCAGAUGCACCCGAGAUGAUUAAGACUUACCACUGCUUCAAACUGGGACGACAGGCUGCAUCUUUGCUAGAAUCAAUCAUUUUAAAAAAAAAAUUCGUGAGAUUUAGAGUCAGCGAUGCCAUGGAUGUGUAUGACUUCUUCUACAUAAACAAAGUCCUCUCCAGCAAUGUCCGUAGCGACUUUGAGGAGUUCCUGAAGGAUAAGCAGGCCUAUGAGAAGGCGCAGAACGAAAUAAUAAUCACCAACAGCCCGCUGGGCGCCGAGAAGACCAAGAAGCUCAUCGACGAGCACCAGUGCUACUGGUUCAGCAGCUACGACAACUUCAAGGUGUUGUGGAUGCACGUCUCCAGCAACAUGGGAACCGGAACGUACCUGAAGAACUUCUUCUCAGAAAUAUGGAGCAACCUCCACUUCAUCUUCAAGAAGAAGGCCACGGUGAAGGACGUGGAGUUCUUCUCAGGAGACCUGUCCCAGCAGACGCUGAUCGACUACUACUCGCCGCUAGUCCACUCCGAAUCGCACUGCCAAGAGAAAAUGCAGUCCCUGUUCGUCUCCCUAAGAGACAACGACGAGCAGAACCGCGUGGACAUACCGGACAAAAUAAAGACGGCCUACUUCCAGUGCAAACUAGAUUACUACAAAAACAACCACACAGAUAAGACGCACCUAAUUCAGCCAAGGGAUUUCCUAGACAAUAGAGUCUACGUCCUGAAGCAGCCAUACUACCUCAUUAGUAAUAUUGAUAAUACGCAUGAAAAGAAAUUGCUUAGACUGUUUGUUACGGAGAGUACAUUAGAUUACCUCCUCCUAGAUAACAUAAAUAUCCCCGAGUGCUUCGGACGCUGUACCAUCAGCCACUUCAAUAAGGUCGUCCUUCAGAAAGGAAAAACCAACAAGCAUAACAAAGUUAUACAGAACGCUUUAAUCCCAGAAAAGACCGCUUCUCAAAAGAGGAAGGAAAUGACUAUAUACGUUAACAGCAUGUAUGUGCAUAACUUAAAAAGCGAUUAUGUUACAAAGGAGGCAAUUACACGACAGGACAUUGAAGAGGGUAAGGUGAGGGUCUGCCUAGGAGUGGGUACCUACUUUAAGGAGAACUUCCUCACGGAGCAGCACUUCAAUUUGUCUUACAAGCCCGUCGUUGACUUUACCGGUGAACACAACUUUAAGGUCUUCCUGAAGAAGAACGAGUCCCAGCUCCCCAAGAACGAGGACGACAUCUGCUUCGUCAACUACGACUUGGCCAUCACCAACAUAGAAAUCACCGACCCGUACCGCGAAAUCAGCGAAGACUUGAUAAAAAAUCUGUACAUCUUAAAAAAUAAGUGA